AUGACACCGCUGCUCCCGCUUUUCCUGAUCGUGCUGGGCUUGCUCGGCGGUGUAGCCCGCGCGGCGGAUACGCUGUGCUCACUGCCUCCCGUGACGUACGCAGCCGCCAAGCUAGCACACCCGGACUCUGCCUUCGCGCUUGAUCAGCUUGAGAGCAUGGGCAUUGCGACCUGGUACUCGGACCGCGACGUCAAUGGCAACGCGACGCAGACUGCGUUGAACCUCGUUGCCUCGUGCCCGGAGUCGUCGAGGCUGAGCGUGGUGGUAUACGGACUCCCCAACAAGGACUGCGACGCUGGGUACUCCAAUGGCAACGGCACGGUGAAGACGGGAGCGGGCUACGAAGAGUUCAUCACUAAUCUGACAGCGAUUGUCGGAGACCGCAAGGUCCUCUACGUGUUGGAGCCGGACGCUGUGGGUCUCCUCGCCAACAAAGGCUGCGCGGUGGAGUACGGGUAUCAGAGCAACCUGACCAUGGCGAUCGCGCGGCUGUCGGAAAACCCGAACGCUGAAAUCUAUCUGGACGUUGGCUUCUGGACCCUGGAGAGAUCGGAUACGGCGGAUAUCGUGGCUCAGAUUGUCAAGGAACUCACGCAGGCCGGCCGCGUCAAGGGCAUUGCGCUCAACACGUCCAACUACCGCUCCACCACGCAGAUCGCCGAGUUGUGUACGAAUUUCCAGACUGCAGUGGGGUCCACCGACAUUCACUGCGUCAUCGACACAUCCCGCAACUUCCAAGAGUUUGCGAACGCGUCAAGUACCGAAUGGUGCAACGUGCGGAAAGCUGGCAUCGGGGCGCCACCCACGAAUGUUACGGACUUGGACAACAUUGACUACCUCGUGUACGUGAAGCCUCCAGGUGACAGCGAUGGCACCUGCGUUGACCAGUCAGCGGACGCCAUGCAGGGCCCGCCGGCUGGAGAGUUCUUUAAUGACCACUUCAUCAAGCUCUGGAACCAGGGCUACUUUGUCAACCAGCAGCAGAUGGCUACCAUCUACGACCCAGACGCCGAGUCGUCUGGCAACACUGCACCUGCAUCACCCUGGUUUACCACCAUGGUUGUGCUCACCACGAUCAUGCUUAUGGGCAUGUAA